AUGAUUGUGCCUGAACUUCACGAGGCUUGUUUCUUCCGGCUUCCCUACAUGUGUAGCAUUAAAUUGUGGAUUUUGUCUGUUUGGAGUAUGUUAGCUCGUGAACUUCCACGUAGCCACUCAAUGCAUGUUCAACAGACAACCUCGCUUUGGUACAACUUUUACAAUAAGUUCCAUUCCGACGACAACAUUGUAAUCGUUUUCGUGUUUCGUCCUUUCUCCCUACUUACCAGCUCGGACUAUAUAUUCGACGAUGACACCAGUGAGUGUGAGAAGGCAGAAAAAGGUGAAUAUGACCAUUCCACCUAUAAUUACUCGAAACUGACCACGCGACCAGCAGACUUGGAAAUUACCAAUCCAUUUUUUCAACCAGACCUUGCCUUGGAGGAAAAAAUACUUACACCGAAUGCCGUGCCGGACUAG